AUGUACGAACAAACUGUGCUGGGCAAACGCAAGAUAUACCGUCACUCAAGCCCGGGUUCGACUCUUCUGACCGAAUUGAAUAUUCGGUUGCAAGCUACCGACGCGGUUGAAUUCGCUUCUGGGGACGUGACGCAUGUUGAACCGUUCACGUGGGACUGCAAUAGUGAUGAACGUGGUCAGGAUAUUGCGCUUACCGAGGAGCAGCAGCGUGAACGAUACCGCGCGUAUAUGGAAGCAAACAUCGGUGACGUGCUUAAGAGGAAUAGGCUUUGCGUGUACCGUGUGGUAAAAGGUAAGGACAUCCUCAAGGCUGAAAUUCCUGGGCACAACAUUAAACUUGUUGGACGCACGGACAUGAUCAUACUGAGUGAUCUCGUCUUAAAAAAUCCACUCGACUUGGGGAUGCUGCCUAACGUGAGAUUACUUAUCGAAGUGAAGAGAAAAGUGACAGAAUGCGCGAUGUCCCAAGCUUUGUCAGAACUGAUAGCUCUGGAUGUUCUUGUCGAUGAACCUGUGAUGGCCCUUUUAACUGACUUGAUUGAUCAUUGGCAAUUUUUAUGGGUCUCCGAUACAACCCACAACCAUGGAAAUAUCCGAUCAGCGACGAUUCAUGAUCCAAGCGAGGCGUUUGCGGUGAUUAGGACUCUACUUGAUCAGUCGCCAGAUGCUGAUAAAGAGAUCAGUCUUCCGUGCUUUCAAGAACCUGUAAAGCGACAUAAGCUAUCUCGGGUCUUGCCCUCUAUCGCAGAGGCUACGGGAUUCGUAAGUGCAUCGAACGAUACAAUGACAUUUCCAGUGUAUUAG